CAAUCUACCCCGGUUCCGAAACCUUGUCUAUUUUCUAAGAACACAAUGUCCAGUUCCGACAGGUUGCCGAUCCGACGCACCGGUCAGGACUCCCAACCCAUGAAACGCCAGCACACUGCUCGAUACUACGCCGAACGGGUUCGUGAAAGCUGCACAGCUAUGGUCACCAAAACAGUGUGCGCCAUCUUUUUAUGUGUCGUUUUAGUUGUCGGCAUUGUUUUCUUCAUCUUAUGGAUUAGUUUACGCCCUCAUCGUCCGAGAUUCCAUAUGGUGGAGUUCACCGUCCCUGGUUUGACUCAACCCACAGGCUUUGAGAAUGCUGAAAUAACGUUCAAUGUCACCGUCAGGAACUCCAACCAACACAUCGGAAUCUAUUACGACACCAUGGUCGGCUCGGUUUUUUACAGAGAUCAACGGAUUGGGUCAGCUCCAUUGAUGGACCCGUUCUUCCAGGAACCGAAGACGACUACGGUCGUGGACCGUACGUUCGGUGCGGCUACGCUUACGGUGAACAGCAAGCGAUGGGAGGAGUUUAUGAACGAUAGGCAGAAAGGGAUGGUGGUUUUCCGGUUAGAUAUAACGUCAGUCAUUGGAUUUAAGGUUUCUACAUGGAGGAGUAAACAUCAUAGGAUGCAUGUCAAUUGUGAUGUUGCAGUUGGUCGAGAUGGAACGAUCUUGCCGGCUUGGAAGAACAAGAGAUGUCCCGUUUAUUUCAGUUGAUUA